AUGAAUUUUAACGCUUCUAGAAAUGUUAGCCUUUCAGGCGGUCCAAGGAAGGCGAAACGCGUAAGCGAUGUCUCUGCUUUGGGUGCCCCGUCGCCGGGCCCACAGUACAACCCCAAUACAAUGUACAACCCUGGAUAUCCACCAUCUGGACCACCACCACCAUAUCAUGAGGGGAUCCAGUUAGGUCCUGGACAGGAUUUUUCGACCUCUGAACCUUCAGGAAGUUUUGGAUAUGCAGGUGGCUUUGCUCCUACUCCAAUGGCCUCACCGGCACAAAUUGGUUCCUUUUUGCAACAGCCUGCUGUUCAGGAUAUGGCAUUACAGUAUGGAAACCAACUAGCUGCACAGGGUCGGGAAGCGGUACAAAGGGAACUUGGGCGCUAUGUGCCAGUUUCCCGCCUAAGAUACUACUUUGCGGUGGACACCCGCUAUGUCAUCAAGAAACUGUUACUUAUAAUGUUCCCUUACACACAUAAGGAUUGGAUGGUGAAAUAUGAUCAGGACACACCAGUCCAGCCACGUUACGACAUAAACGCGCCGGACCUUUACAUACCUUCAAUGGGAUAUGUUACUUACGUGUUAUUGGCGGGCUUCAUGCUUGGUUUACAACAUAGAUUCUCACCCGAACAAAUUGGAAUUCAAGCAUCAAGCGCUCUUGCAUACAUAAUUUUUGAAAUGAUCCUGUACCUUGUUACACUGUAUGUUACCAACACUACGACGAACCUGAAAACUCUGGACUUGCUAGCCUACUCGGGUUAUAAAUACACCACUAUGAUUGGAAGUCUCCUUGGUGGUUUGAUGCUGGGCAAGACUGGAUACUAUUGCAGCUUGCUCUAUAGUAGCUUUGCUUUGUCUUACUUUUUGGUGAAAACUCUUCGCUUGCAACUGCUGUCUGGCUCGCAGGCUCCGGAACAGCCGGCAUAUGGCUACCCAGCCGGCUACUCAUCACCCAAUCCGUAUGCAGACAACUGGUCCAAGCCCACCGGUGGGGGAACGAAGCGUAGGGUUUACUUCCUACUGUUUGUAGCAAUAACCCAACCUCUGCUAUCAUGGUGGCUGACAUACCAUUUAGUUCCUAGCCCCAUUCCGGAACCGAUAACACCGACAGCCCGA